GCGGCGACGUCACUGCAAGGCCGCCGCCGCGGGGCCUGGUGAUCGCCGGUCCAGCGCAGCCCGGAGUCGCCCAGGCCUGAACUCCUCCUGCCCAGGUCCCCGGCCCGGCUCCAGCCGGCCGACCCAGCCCGUGAGGACACCCGAGGCCACCCCCUAGGGGGUGGGGAGCGGAGCCGCGGGUCAGCUCUGCGAGCGCCCCGCACUGGCCCGGUCCGGCCCCGCCCCCGCCCCGGGCCAUGGCCCAGCCCUUGUCCCGGCCCCUCGUCCUAUCCCGACCCGGGCCUUGGCCCCCGGCCCCGCCUCCGACCCACUUCCCACGUCGGUGUCAGUCCGGGUCUGGGUCCCAGCGAAUGCCCAGAUCCGGGUCCAGGUCCCAAGCCCUAGACUGGACCCCCUCCCCGCCCCAGCCCUUGCUUCAACUCCUGACACAGACCCCAGUCCAGCCCCGGUCUCUACCCUGUUUCCAGGGCCUGUCCGAAGCCAGCGCCCAACCUCUGCCCUUGUUCCAGUUCCAGUCCCUGCCCCAGCCUCUCCUAUCCAGUCCUCUGCCUUUGUACAUCCCCCCGGGCCCAGCCGGGCCCAGCCCGUUAGCUCAGCCUUUGCCCUCGUCUCUGUGUUUACCCAAGUCUCUCCCACUGCCCCCCACUGUCUCUCAUACCCUGCCCCUCUCCCAGCCUCGACUCAGGUCUGGGCGCCAGUUGCCACCAUCCCUAUUGCUGCUGUUGCUGUUCUCUGUGCUUGGCCCUGGGGCUGGAGGCCUCUUCCUUACUGACUACUCCACCUGCUCACCCCGAAAGCUGAGUCCCUUCCGUUCCUUUGCCAGCACCGAGCUCUUCCACUUCCAUGUCCCCGAGGAUACAUUCCUUGCUGUUUGGAACCUCAUCAUCUUCAAGGAGCAAGGGGGGACCUUUGGGGACCACUGCCCAGACCAGAGUGUGACUGUGUACUUCCGGUCCGGGGCACCCCCUGUGAUCAACCCUCUGCACACACACUUCCCAGGGGACACAGCUGUGCCUGGAGUUUUCUCACUGACCCUCAGCUGGACGCUGCCAAACCGUACUUCAGGCAUCUUUAAUGUCAGCAGCCCCUUGCCUGGGGACUGGUUUUUGGCUGCCCACCUCCCCCAAACCCACGGCCACAUCUCUGUCAAGGGGCUCCAGGAUGAGUGUCAGUACCUCCUUCAGCCACAGCUGAUUGUCCGUCGUCUGCUGGACGUUGCUGUGCUGGUGCCCGGACGUCCCUCAGAGCAAACUCUCUCCUCCCAUAAUCGCUCAGCGCUGUUUAAGGUCUUUGUACCCAGUUUCACUUACAGGGUUUCUGCGCAGCUGGUGUGUGUGGGGGGCCGUGGGGCGUCUGCCUGCCCCCUGACACUGCGUCUACGUCCCAAGGCCCCACCCCUGCACAACUCGAGCUCUGUGGCCUGUGGAGGUGCCUUGGUCUGCCAGCUGGAGCUAGCACUCCCGCCCUGGGGGCACUGGGUCUACGUGCGCGUGGAGACACCAUCCCGGGGCUCUGGCAGGACCAUCCGCUUUCAGCUGUGUGUGAGGUUGCAAGAAUGCCCACAACCCAGCCUGUCCCGUGCCUUGGUCCCUGGAGCUGCCAUGAACAUGCCCCAGUCCCUGGGCAACCAGCCACUGGCCCCAGAGCCACCAUCCCUUGUGACCCCUGUGACGGGCAUUGGGACCACAUCCCUACCUGAGCACUGCUGGCCGGUGCGUCCGACGCUGCGUAAUGAGCUGGAUACCUUCUCUGUCCACUUCUACAUCUUCUUUGGCCCCACCGUGGCUCUCCUCCCUGAGCGCCCUGCCGUGUUUGCCCUGAGGCUGCUGCCUGUGUUGGACAGUGGAGGUGUCCUCAGCCUGGAACUCCAGCUCAAUGUGAGCUCUCUGCACCAGGAAAAUGUGACAGUGUUUGGAUGCCUGACUCACGAGGUGCCCUUGAGCCUGGGGGACGCAGCAAUAACCUGCUCCAGAGAGUCCUUGACUGGCUUCCUCCUCUCUGUCAGCGCCACCUCCAGAGUAGCCAGGCUUCGCAUCCCCUUCCCGCAGACGGGGACCUGGUUUCUGACCCUCAGAUCCCUGUGUGGGGUGGGACCUCGGUUUGUGUGGUGCAGGAACGCAACAGCCGAGGUUCGACUGCGCACCUUCCUGUCCCCAUGCGUGGACGACUGUGGGCCCUACGGCCAGUGCAAGCUGCUGCGUACGCACAACUAUCUGUAUGCUGCCUGCGAGUGCAAGGCUGGGUGGCGGGGCUGGGGCUGCACGGACAGUGCCGGCGCGCUCACCUACGGGUUCCAGCUGCUGUCCACUCUGCUGCUUUGCCUGAGCAACCUCAUGUUUCUGCCGCCUGUCAUCCUUGCCAUUCGGAGCCGCUAUGUGCUGGAAGCUGCUGUCUACACCUUCACCAUGUUCUUCUCAACGUUCUAUCACGCGUGUGACCAGCCAGGCAUUGUGGUUUUCUGCAUCAUGGACUAUGAUGUGCUGCAGUUCUGUGACUUCCUGGGCUCCCUAAUGUCUGUGUGGGUCACCGUCAUUGCCAUGGCCCGUUUACAGCCUGUGGUCAAGCAGGUGCUGUAUUUGCUGGGGGCUAUGUUGCUGUCCAUGGCUCUGCAGCUUGACCGGCAUGGACUCUGGAACCUGCUUGGACCCAGUCUCUUCGCCCUGGGGAUCUUGGCCACAGCCUGGACAGUACGCAGCGUCCGCCGCCGGCACUGCUACCCACCCACUUGGCGCCGCUGGCUUUUCUACCUGUGCCCCGGGAGCCUUAUCGCAGGCAGUGCUGUCCUCCUCUAUGCUUUCGUGGAGACGCGAGAUAACUACUUCUACAUUCACAGCAUUUGGCAUAUGCUCAUCGCUGGCAGUGUGGGCUUUUUGUUGCCACCUCGUGCCAAGACUGACCACCGGGUCCCUUCUGGAUCCCGGGCCCGGGGCUGUGGUUACCAGCUAUGCAUCAACGAGCAGGAAGAACUGGGCCUGGUGGGCCCAGGAGGGACAACUGUCAGCAGCAUCUGUGCCAGCUGAGAGGAGCUUGGGGCCUGGCCCUUUCACAGGGGCAGAGAGCUCCUGGGGUUACUCCUGGGGGCGUGGAAACCUGGCAGGGAUGAGAGACAAGUUACAUUUCUUGAGGAUAUUGACUCUUUCAUAGGACACAGAACUCUCUGGGGACCUGGAGCACUUCCUCAGAGCCUGAAAUCCUCCUGCAUCUUUGGACUGGAGCCCGUGUGAGGCCACAGAACCCCUUCCUGGCCAAGAAGUCCCUCGUUGGGGUAUGGAGGAUAUGAGGCCCUUCUGAGGACAUGGACAUCUUCGCAGGGAGAUAGAAUCAUCUCAGGACAUGGCAUUCCUGAAGGGAUGGAAUCAUUCUUAGGGAAAUGCAGUCUCCAGAGCUUCCUGGCAGCUCAGCAACCCUGGCUUCAGACUUCCUCUCCAGAGGCAGCACGACAGCUGCGCUGCGCCAGCCAGAGGAGACCAUAGGACAGUCGGGGUUGAGGCUGCAGGGUAGCGCUCCUGACUGAUGCGGGCGGAGUCUGUUGUGUCUCCAAUGAAACAUUUGCUGGU